UUUAUACUACAUCUACUCUACUAAGUCCAGUCAUAUAUAUCUCCCAAAUUAUCAUCUCCUUAUGAAAUAACUUGGUUUUAUCUAUCAUCCUACACACUUACUUUAUCAGCCCUGUUAAUUUCGUUAUCUCUAUUCUUAGUAAGUCGAGAAAAAAGUUAAAUUCCUUUUUUUUUUGGUUGAUCAACUGAGUUUAAAUUUUAACUUCCAUCUCAACGUUAAGAUCGACACUUUUUUGAACACCCAUCACUAUAUUUAUCCAUUCAAUCAGGACUAGAUCCAAUGGCACCCCAAAGAGAAGUGUCUGACUCACAGCAGAUCAAGAAUGCAUUAGAUGCUUUGAAUGAACAACCUGCGAAUAACAAUAGAAGGUACGACGUGUAUAUCACGGAGAGUGGAGAAGAAAAAUCCACCAAGGAAAGAUAUAUGAAAGAUGUUGAAUACCCAGUAGAUUAUAUUCCAACUGAAGAACAAGUGUUUUUACCUAAUGGAUUGCCUAAUUGUGACUUUAUAAAGAAUCAUUUCAUCCGUCAAGGUAGAUUGGAUAUAAAACAUGCAACCAAAAUUAUUAAAGCGGCCGGUAAAAUACUUAGUCAGGAACCAAAUUUAUUACACAUUCCAGCCCCUGUUACUGUCUGUGGUGAUAUCCAUGGUCAAUAUUACGAUUUAAUGAAAUUAUUUGAAGUUGGGGGAGAUCCAGCCACCACUAGAUAUUUAUUUUUAGGUGAUUAUGUUGAUAGAGGAUUCUUUUCUUGUGAAUGUCUUCUUUAUUUAUACGCAUUAAAAAUCACUUAUCCUGAUACCCUUUUUAUGAUAAGAGGAAAUCAUGAAUGUGAACAUUUAACUGAACAUUUUACUUAUAAAUCCGAAUGUGUUCAUAAAUAUUCAUUGGACUUUUAUCAAGAUUCAUUAGCUUCAUUCAAUACAUUACCAUUAGCAGCCAUUAUGAAUCAACAAUUCUUUUGUGUUCAUGGUGGUUUAUCUCCAGAUUUAAAGACUUUAAAAGAUAUAGAAAGAAUCGAUAGAUUCCAAGAACCCCCUCAUAGUGGUCUCUUUUGUGAUUUAAUAUGGUCUGAUCCAAUUGAAGAAUAUGAUGAUGAUAGCAGUAAUCAUCACUUUGUAAAAAAUGUGGUGAGAGGUUGUUCAUACUCAUACACUUAUAAAGCAUCAUGUCAAUUCUUGGAAAGAAAUAAUUUAUUAUGUAUAAUUCGAGCUCAUGAAGCUCAAAGUACUGGUUAUCGUAUGUAUAAGAGAACUAAAAAGGUAAUGUUUCCUUCUGUAUUGACAUUAUUUAGUGCUCCUAAUUAUUGUGAUAAUUAUCAUAAUAAAGCUGCCGUAUUGAAAUAUGAUGGAAAAGUUAUGAACAUUAGACAAUUUGAAAAUUCACCCCAUCCUUAUUAUUUACCAGACUUUAAAGAUGUUUUCACUUGGUCAUUACCUUUCGUGGGUCAAAAGGUUGUUGAUAUGUUAUUAGCAAUCUUGAAUAUCUGUACUGAAGAAGAGUUGGAAGAAGAAGAUACUCCAUUAGCUGCUUCAUCUUCUAUUUUAAAAAGAUUCACUCCUGGUAUUGAAAAUAGUAAUUCCAUUGAUCAAGAAAUGGCAUCGCCAGGUGGUGUAGCGGAAGAACAAGAAAUGACAUUGGAAGAGAAGAGAAAACAAUUACGUAAUAAGAUCAUUGCUAUUGGUAAAAUGUCGAGAAUGUUUCAAGUUUUACGUGAUGAAUCAGAAAAUGUUAAGACUUUAAAGAAUUUGAACAGUGGUGUUUUACCAAGAGGUUCUUUAUUACAUGGUAGUGAAGGAUUACAAAGAACACUUACAUCAUUCGAAGAUGUUAAGAAGGCCGAUGCUAUCAAUGAAGCCAUGCCUCCAUCUGCUGAAGAAACUAGACAAAGAGAACUUAAAAGAUCAGAAAGUGUGAGAGAAGAGAUCGAACAUGGACAAUCAAAUCCGGUGGUUCAAAAACUUAUAAGACGUUUGUCACAAAAUUCAAUAAACAAUCGUUAAUGUUAGCGACUGCUAAAAAACUUUUAUUUACAUUCUUUAUACAUAUAUGUAGUUUAUCUAUUUAUUUAUUUCAGCAAUAUAUACUCCGAACCAUUUCAUAUUUUAAUAGUAUAUAUGCGCUACCAAUAGCUAAUUUUAAA